AUGAUUGUGGCGAACCUUGGGCAUGUGCCAGGGGUCAAUGGGUUGUUAGCUACACUCCAGACACUGGAAUUAUUGCUGUGGGACUUGAUUAGCUGUUCGCACGACCAAGCAGCAGCAACCCGGGGUCAUCUCGGUACCGCCAGCACUCCCGCACCAACAAAGUAUCAACUACCGGCAUCGUGUGCUGGAACGGAGCAGAUCAUGCUGAAGCAAGCAUUUUCUCGUUCUCUGCUUCGGCCGAAACCUAGACAUUCAUCUCCCAGGCUUCUGCCACGCUGGAGAUGGGCCGGCAGUCUCCCUUUGAAUUCGAUCUCUGUGACCCCAAGGCGAACUCUGCAUCUGACGAUGUCGGUUAACGCGCCCGCAACUGCAGGAAAUACUGUCGUGAGAGCAAGGGAGCCCGACGACCUUUUCAGAUAUACGUCAGGUCGAUGGCUGAUUGACGAAGAAAGCCAACUCGCGCAGCGCUAUGUGAAGUUCAAUAUUGAUAACCUUUGUCGCCUAGCUGCAUCGCUCUUUAGUGAAGAGACCAAGUGCGUGCGUGUAGACAAGAUAGAAGGGAACUACAAUAAAGCUCUCCUUCUUACAAUGAACGAUGGGAAUGAGGUCAUAGCAAAGAUUCCUUGCCCAAAUGCGGGACCACCUUGGUAUACGACGGCUUCUGAAGUGGCCACAUUGAAAUUUUUGCAAUCAUGUAUGACAAUCCGUGUCCCGAAGGUCCUUGCUUGGAGCGCCGACUCGGAAAAUGCCGUCGGUGCAGAGUACAUCAUCAUGGAAAAAAUUCCCGGAGUUGCUCUAUCCGAAAGAUGGGAGACAAUGAACACCAUGCAGCACUACAAAAUCAUCGAACGAAUUGUCGAAAUGGAAAAAGAACUUGGGAGCCUGGAGUUCCCAGCAUAUGGGAGCCUCUACCUGCGAGACUCGGUAUCUGAUAGAUUCCGUUGCUAUCCACUCCCUCCAGCUCUAGACCCUGAUGGGUUAUUCUGCAUCGGCCCAGCGUUGAAACGAGGCUUGGAGCGUGAGGGCUCUAACAUGUCCUUAGACAUGGGACCUUGGACGUCUUUGACUGAUUUUGCGCUAUCGAUACCUCGACGGGAAUUAAACUUUGUUGCAAAUUCCCCAGCUGAAAUCCAACGUGAUCUUAAUUUAUUCAGCGAAAAUCAGUCGGUCGAUGAAUACCGUGCUCUCUUGGAAAAAGCGUCGAGCAUACUGCCUGCUGUAUCACGCCAUCCUCGCGUGGCAGAGGUAUCAGGCCCUGUCCUAUGGCAUACCGAUCUACAUCUGGGAAAUAUUUUUGUUUCCUCAGACGACCCUACUAUUAUCGAAGGAAUAAUUGACUGGCAAUCAUCUCGACUCUACCCUCUAUUCAUACAGGCUCGCUUCCCUGAUUUUCUCAGGCCGCCAAAGGACUACACUCCAGGCACUCAAGUUCCGACUUUACCAGAGAAUUUCGAUGAAUUGAGUCCUGAGCAACAGGAAGAGGCUAAAACAAACCAGGAGCUGGCAACCCGAUCCAAGUAUUACGAAAUGUUGACCCUGGGAAACAACAGGCAUGUCUACCAUGCUAUGGAACUUGACCGGAGACUGUGGGAGCCUUUUACUUGUUGCCAAUUAUUCUUCAAUGGCAGCAUGGUUCCUCUGCGUAGUAGUUUGAUUCGUAUUUCAGAAGACUGGGCUGGCCUGGGACUUGCAGGUGACUGUCCCUUUGCGUUUACGAAAGAGGAAUUAGAAAAGCACAAGGAGCAGAUGCCAGAGUAUGAAGAUAGGGUUAUUUUAUGGGACGUGGCAAAGAGCCAGCUUUGUACUGACGACGCGGGCUGGGUUCCAGUGGAGCGGUGGGAAAUAACAAGCAAAAGGAACAAGGAACUCUUCGACAUGUUUGUUGAGUCAUUGGGCCAAGAAGGGGUCUCGCCGGAGGUAGCCACCAAGAAAUGGCCUUUUCCUCCAGGAGUUUGA